GUAUGGCACCUGGGUAAUUUUCUUAGCCAAUGGGCGUUUUGUAAGGAAGGUUGAAGGUAGAAGGGCGGGGCGUUGUAAAGACUAGACACUGACACUGGCCGAUAGAGAUCAUAAGCUAUGAUGAUCUUUCACGUUUUGCACCGAUCUUUCCUGGCUAAGCAACGUCUUCCACCACUCUCUGGGCGCAGACAGUUUUGGGGCUGGUUAAAUGCAGUUUUUAACAGAGUUGACUAUGAACGUAUAAAGGACAUAGGACCAGACCGGGCGGCCUCAGAGUGGUUAUUACGCUGCGGAGCCAAAGUUCGUUAUGAAGGAUUUGAGAAAUGGCAACAUGAUUAUAAUGGCCUUCCCACUGGACCUCUGGGAAAAUACAAGAUCCAGGCCAUUGACGCAACAGAGUCCUGCAUUAUGUACAGAGGAUUUGACUACUUGGAUAAAUUGGAGCACCUGGAGGAGCUGAAACUGUGUCAAUGUAUAUAUAUUGAGGACACGUGUCUGGAGAGAAUAAGCCAGACCGUCAACCUUCAAGAGAGUCUCAGAAGAAUGGAAAUCAUCAGCUGUGGGAAUGUGACUGAUAAAGGUGUCAUAGCUCUGCACUCCUUGAGGAACUUGGAAUAUUUAUUUUUGCGCGAUCUCCCUGGAAUCAAGAAGAAGGAGAUGAUCCUGGAGCUUCUGCAGAAAUCCCUCCCCUCAUUACAGAUCGAGUUGGAUCUGAAGGAUUGACCUUGUCGGUGUACCUGUACAGAGGUCUGGAGCAGCGAAUCCCCAGCUCGCUCUUUAGGGUUGCAGCCAUUUCAAAGGAAGUAUUUAGACUGCGAUUUAGACUUGGGUCCAGAAGGUAUUUUUCUUUCCAGGAAAUGGACAUGUCACAUGAUGUUUUCUUGCCCUGAUGGGCAUGUGCUUUAAAGCUACUUGGUGUGCUUUCUAUAAUAAAGACCGCUCACUGCUGCCCUCUCCUUGUGCAGGGAGACUGGUCUUAACCCCGCCCCCUGGUAGUAGUUUUAUUUUUGCAGGCAGCCUGUAGUGAGUGUGGCCUGCUGGGACCCUCCCACAGCUUUGCUCUCUGCACAGGAUAUGUACAGCAAAUGGGAUGAUGUCACUGCUACUUUUACUAGGUCAUUUUUGGAUUUGAAAAGCUUGCGCACAAAGUGGAUUUAUAUACUUUGAAGAAUAUAUUUCAAGUUUUUGUACUUCAAAGUUCAGUUUUAAUAACCAAAAUAAAUAUGUAAAUCUAAAGGAAAAA